GCUAGUAUGAAUAUGUAUGUCUGUGUGCAUGCAGAGCAUAUAAGGUACAAUGUACAGAAAAUGUGCUUUCCAAGCACAGCUUGAGAGAGAGAGGGAGCGCGCGCGCACGAGAGAGCGCGGAGGACCGGCCCCUUCUCUAGCUACUCUGAGACCACGUGGUUUCUUCUUUGCAAACAAAAAAAUUUAGUAAAUUCGACUCGGUUUUAGAGGCGGUGCCAUCGCCAAGUGGUAGGAUCUGUGUGACAGUGCAGGGUACAGCUUUAGGUUGAGGGGCAGCGAGAGGAAAGAUUUUCUCCCGAUCCCGCUACAUACUCGCCACUAUUCCAUCGUAACAAACAUCAGCUUAAUUCAAACUGAUAUCAUUUCUGCACCGUGCUGGGAAUUCGCGAAGCUUGCUACAGUGAAGAAUAUUUACCACUCGCCUGCAGGACCUGAUCAGACUUCAACGUUUACUGUUAGUCGAACUUUCCCCUUUUUAUUUUGGAUUGUCUUGCAGUUAGAUUUUUUUUCUACCCGUUUUUAAUUCCAACCGGCUGACAUCUACAUGGUUUUAUAAUCUGCGGCGUGUCUUAGUCCUUUUUUUAAAUUAAGAGCGUUUUGCCGAAAAGUUUUAUUUUCAUUUCUAUUUUCGGGGGGAAGCGUUACAGUUUUUUCCACAAUGAAUAAGCUAUAUAUUGGAAAUCUGAAUGAAAACGUGACCGCAGAGGACUUGGUUAAAACCUUUGAAGAUCACAAGAUCCCAUACUCUGGACAGUUUCUCAUGAAAACUGGCUAUGCGUUUGUUGAUUGCCCGGACGACCAAUGGGCAAUGAAAGCAAUUGAAGCAUUUUCUGGUAAAGUGGAACUUCACGGCAAACGAAUUGAGGUCGAACAUUCUGUCCCUAAGAAGCAGAGGACCAGGAAACUCCAGAUCAGAAACAUUCCACCAAACCUACAGUGGGAGGUUCUUGAUAGUAUGCUUGCCCAGUAUGGAACUGUUGAGAACUGUGAACAAGUGAAUACAGACAGUGAGACUGCAGUUGUGAACGUCACGUAUGGGACACGGGAGCAGGCUCGACAGGCAAUCCAGAAGCUCAACGGAUACCAGUUUGAUAACCACGCCCUGCGUGUUUCAUACAUCCCCGACGAAAACUCCGAUGUCGACUCGCAGCGAGGCCCAGACAACGGCCGUCGUGCCGGGUACGGUCCACGAGGACAUUCCCGCCAGAUGUCUCCUGGUUCUGGGAUCCCCAGCAAACACCAGCACACUGACAUCCCGCUCAGGCUGCUGGUGCCCACGCAGUACGUAGGGGCCAUUAUCGGCAAGGAGGGCGCCACCAUCCGUAACAUCACCAAGCAAACUCAGAGCAAGAUCGAUGUGCAUCGUAAAGAGAAUGCAGGUGCCGCUGAAAAGCCCAUAAGUAUCCAUUCAACCCCAGAGGGCUGUUCAGCUGCCUGCCGCAUGAUCCUGGAAAUCAUGAUCCAGGAGGCCAAGGACACCAAAACUGCCGAUGAGGUGCCUCUGAAGGUUCUUGCUCACAACAACUUUGUUGGCCGUUUGAUCGGCAAAGAGGGACGCAACCUGAAGAAAGUGGAGCAAGACACUGAUACCAAGAUCACAAUUUCACCACUGCAGGAUCUGACUCUUUAUAACCCAGAGAGGACGAUCACGGUGAAGGGCUCGAUCGAAGCGUGCUGCCUGGCAGAACAGGAAAUCAUGAAGAAAGUGCGGGAGGCGUAUGACAAUGACGUCGCUGCCAUGAAUACUCACCUGAUCCCUGGACUAAACCUGGGAGCGAUCGGCCUCUUCCCGCCUUCCUCUGCCAUGCCGCCUCCUGCCCUCGGAAACUCUGUGCCCGGUCCCCCUUAUGGCCCUAUGGGGGCCUCUGAACAGGAGACCGUCCACGUGUACAUCCCAGCUCAAGCCGUAGGAGCCCUUAUUGGCAAGAAAGGACAGCAUAUCAAGCAGCUGAGCCGUUUUGCUGGAGCUUCUAUUAAGAUUGCACCAGCAGAGGCUCCGGACUCAAAAAUGCGCAUGGUCAUUGUUACAGGACCACCUGAGGCCCAGUUCAAGGCUCAGGGCAGAAUAUACGGUAAGCUGAAGGAGGAGAACUUCUUUGGCCCCAAAGAGGAAGUGAAACUGGAGACACACAUCAAAGUAGCAGCUGCGGCAGCAGGAAGGGUCAUCGGAAAAGGCGGGAAAACCGUGAAUGAACUGCAGAACCUCACCGCUGCAGAAGUAGUGGUUCCCCGAGAGCAGACCCCUGAUGAACACGACCAGGUCAUCGUCAAAAUCAUCGGCCACUUUUACGCAAGUCAGUUGGCACAGAGGAAGAUCAGGGACAUUUUGACACAAGUCAAGCAGCAGCAGAAAGGAGGUACAGGAGGUUCGCAGGGGUCCCAUCCGCAGGGCAUGUCUGAGCCGGGGACCCCUCAGGAACUGGCACAAGAACCCAGGAGGAAGUGAGAUGCCGGGGCCGCUACCCAGGCAGACGGACAGACAAAUGGGAGGACAAACGAGCGGACUGACUGAGAGAGAGAGAGAGUGACACACAGACCCAGCGGUAGACAGGGACAAAUGAGCAGCAAAACGAGAGUGUAUUAAAAAGACAAAAAAAAAGAUGCCUGUGAGAGGGCGAGGAAGCAAGUUUAGUGAAAAUGAACAAGAAAAAAAAAAAAAGUGAUUUUUUUUUUUUUUUUUUAAAGAGAGAUAACUAGUAAACAGAGACCAGAUGCCAGGCCAGGUGGAGUGACUGAGGAUGCUGAGGAGGUCUGUCAAAACGGAGCGCCCUCUGGUGAGAGCUUUUUACAUAGGGAAUAGGGUGUAAUGAAGGUCACUCAAAAGUGUGUAUUCAUAAAGGAUUCGAGCUUCAUGGGACUCUCAGCCAUCAGCAGUCACUUCAAAAAAAUUUCCUUUUUUUUUUUUUUUUUUUUUGAAGAUAGAGAUAUAUGUAUAGAAAUGUUUAUUCAGAGGUAUUAUUAAUGAAAUGCAGUGAGGUAGAGUCGGGAAAGAGAGAGCAGAGAAUCCAUCAAAAUGUAUGGUGGGGGCGGGGUCACUAAUCAAGUGACUUCUCAGAGACGAGGGGAGGGGCCACAGUUGUUAACACUGCUCAUGAAGUCCCCCGCGCUGAACUGCUGGGGGUGACGAGAUGAAAAAAAAAGAAACAAAUGAGGUUGUAAAUAUAAUCUUCAUGACUAAUGCUGCACGUUUAACCAUCGACAAUCGGGUCCCUGGUUUAAGAGGGUUGCAGGGGUUUUCCUUCAGCUUCCCUUUUAGGCUGCGUGCCGUUUGUCCGGCGGGACGUGCGGCGAGAGUUCAGUAAGUGUGUGGGCUAAAGGUGACCUCUGCAGUUGUAUUGCAGUGGCUCAGCUUUGAUGUGCGGAGACCCAUCAGUUCUGUCCUAAACCACGCCGCCGAUGAUGGAUCGCUGCAGCGCUGCUCACACCCAAACGGCAUAUUUUAUAUAUAUUAUAUAUAUAUGAUAUGUGAGUUAACCUGGCCCCUCAUUGCAUUAGAGCAGGCAGACACUGGAAAGGAAUACAUUGUUCUGUGUUUUCCUGGGAAUAAAUAUGCAGAGACAGAAUCAAGUACGCCAGGUUUGAAGUGACAGGGAACAAGUCUGCAUUUAGGUCAAAGGUCAAGAACAGCUGAACACAAAAUGGUUUCUGUGCUCUCUCUCUCCCCCACUUUGUUUGACAUUUGCCGUUGAGGUUGCCAGAGUCCUGGCCUUGCUCACUGAUCCUAGAACAGAUUAGAUAAAAUGAAAUUAAGAUUAAAAAAAAAACUACCUCAGGGUAUUGUUACCUCAGUAUUCCUAAUUUCUUCUUUCCUUUUUUUUUUUUUUUUUGGCUUGCUUGCUGGUGUUUUUAUAUAAAAGCUGAUAGUCUUGAAUAUUUUAUUUUUUUAAGGAAGAAGUAUUUGACUUUUUCUUUUUGGGUAUGAGUGUAUGCGUGAGUGUAAUUGAGGGUGUUUUUCCUCACCUGAGCUCAGAAGGACUCCCAGGAAAAAUUCUGAAUUGUUUAGGUGGUCUCUCUCACCUGGGGUCCUUGAAGAGUCGCACUUGAAAUCACUGUUCAAUGGGACGUAGGACGGGUCAUACCAUCUCUGACAGGAGCAUAAUGAACGUUGCCAUACCACGGGAUUUUAAAUCUGACGCAUAUGCGUUUGUUUGUCAUACAAGCUGAUCGUAGAAAUCUAAAAAUGGCUUCUUUUUCUAACUUGUGCCAUUUAUUUUUGCACCUGUGGUGUGAUGUUAAUCAUUCUGCACUGAUGGAUUUUGACAUCAUUGGAUGACUUGCUUGAAAGGGCUCGACUUACUCGCCAUGCUUGAAAAAAAAAAAGAAAGCAUGAUGACAAUCUACAGCCCCAAGACACUGAAUGUGAACCAUUCGACAUCUCUCUCUCCUGUAUUUUUUUUUUUUUUUUGGGAUUGAGUCUCGUCCUUCCCCAUUGUCCUUGAGCAAGUGUGCGCGAGUGUGUUUUCUAAAUGAGUUAAAGUGUUAAAUCUUUAUGUUGGGGAAGUGGUUUGGGUGUUUUAAAAAGGCAGGAACAUAAAAAAACACUCAAUUAAAAAAAAAAAAACUGACUGAGAACAUAAAAGGUACCUUUGCAAAAACGGAAGCCAAAAAAUAUUAAGUAAAUUCAAAAAACAACAUUCACAUCUCUCGAAUUGAAACCUGUAAAUAAUUUGUUUAACGGAACAAUCGGAUUAAAAAGCUUUUUGUAUUAUAAUUAUUUUUUUUUUAAAUAAAAUACUAAUUGGAUAAAGGAUGGAAAGACUUUUAAGCGUUAAAGAUGGAUGGACACUGCCAGACCACAUCCUUUUCGGGUUUCAUUCAGACAAAGGGUUUGCUAGCAUGUUCAUGUGCUUUAACCGCUCAUGGUCUUUUAUUUUGUUUUUGUGUAAGCUUCCCUUUCUCACAAUAGAUGGCAGUCUUCUGUUUUCUGCUUGAGGACUGAACUGUCAAUGACUCCUCUCCAUUGAGACACAAUACAAACUGCUUUUCAGGCGGGACAGAAGCGUCUGUCCUGUUCCAGCCCGUAGACACACUCAAACACUUCUGCUCUGUUCAGACUGCAGCAGCCUUUUUUUUUGUAUUUUGUUUUACUUUUUUUUUUUUUUUUUUUGACAGCAAGCUUUAUUUGGACAUGACAUCUGGUUGCGAACUGUUUCAUCAAUAAAAGACAAAAAAAUAUGUGAGCGAGAAAUAAUAGCAUAACAGCAGAUCUCCAAGAACUAACAUAGUGUUGUGACAAAAAAAAGAAAAAUAGUAGAUAUAUUAUUGUAAUUGCAUUUUUUGUUAUUUUGUCUCUUUUAUUAUUAAUAUUCUUUGGGUGAAAGGUGGAAGAGAUGAGAGGGAGAUGCCCUGGACCGUUUCAAAGGCCACAUUUGUCCCCUUCCUCUUUUCCCCCACAUGUUCUUACCUUUCACCCCCUUCCACCACUCGCUGCCUUCAUCCGCUCAUUCUGGUUUUGUGUUAUUAUCCGAUUCAAAAGAGACUUGGUCGAGCGACCUGUGGUUUCAUUUCUGGAGCUGAGCGCCCUCUCUCACGCUGGCCUCGUUUGUGACCGUUUCCUCUGUUCAGUUCAGUCGUCUGAUAUUAAAUUUCUUUUAAGUUUUAUUUUUCCUCAUUCGUUUUUCAAAUUGUCUUCAUUUAGUUUGGAUUAUAGCUAGGUUUCAUGAUCAGAGUUCUUUAUGCACAGACACCUCUUACACUGCUACUAGUUCAUUUGAAAUACUAACAAAUGAUUCAUUCUUCACGUAAUACCUGUGCCAAACUGGGGUUGGUUUUGUUGUUAUACUCCAGGAAAAAGGAACUAAUUAAGACUGUUCGCAGUCAGGAACGGAUGCAGUGCUCAUGUAGAUACACAGUUCCCUGAGUACUGCGAGUCGGCCUCCCGUUUGGCACUUGGAAGUGUUUUCUUCUCUCCUUUUUUAUUUCAAGGUCCUCCACACGUUGUCGGUGGCGAGGGCUUGGACAAACCGUAGAACCGUUUAGCAUACUUGAGCUCAGAAAGAGAUAGUAUGUUGUUUACUUAUGCAAUUCUGUGACGAGUCAAGCGAAUUGCUUUCGCUGGUCGCACGGACUGUUAAGUGUCCACUGGGAAAAGUUGCAUUGCAGUGAUAGAUCACAGGUUGAAGCGCGGCUUAGUUGGGUGUGAUCAUCAUAUCGACGUUGCAUGCCACUGUUGUAUCUCACCGUGCUAGUUUCUGGCCUCUCCUUAAGGAAGACAUUUGGGUGCUACAAAUGACGAAUCAAACCUCACAUAACUAGGAACGCUACCUCAAGACUUAGCCAUAAGAUUGUUUUUAUCAAGCAGAUGAGAGCGAAAGUGCAUGUUACAUUUGACUUUUGAGUUUUAAUUUAUUUUUAGCUCUUCAUUUCUGUAGACGUUUUGCGGGGCAAGGUGGCAGGACAGGAAACGGAUGUGUUUGGUGAUGGUUUGCACGGGAGGAGGACCGUUGAAGAGCCUGUAAAAUUCUGUUAGUGCACACAGUUAAGUUAAAGUUACGUUGUGACUUAUGGUGCAUUCAAGUCAUCUCGGAAAGAUUUAUGGGUUGAAUGCACAUGAUUGCCACCGCAAAGUUGUGGGAAACUCUUUAUUGGCCUUCCAAGAUGUAGAUGAGGUUGUUUCUUCAUUGGAACAGAUUUGGAGAAAUUCAGCAUUACAUCAGUUACUCACCAAUGGAUCCAGCUGAACAGCUGAUGAAAACAUUACAACAAUCCACAAGUAAUCCACAAGACUCCAGUCCAACAGUUAAGUGAGAAGCUGCGUGUUUGUAAGAUUGAACCCAUCAAGAUGUUUUUUUUAACUUCAAACUGUUGUGAAAUGCAAGCCUUUUAUCCAUAAUAUUGCUUUACUUUGUGGAUUACUUGUUAUUGUGAUGCUUUUUUUUUAACUCCCAUUCUGACGGCACCCAUUCACCGCAGAGGUGAGCAAUUACUCAAUGCUAAAUUUUUCCAAAUCUGUUCCGAUGAAGAAACAAACUCCUCUAAGCCCUAAAUUUUCAAGUCGGGGGGCGUCCUUGAGGAAAAUAUUGCAGGCACAAUGGAUCGCAUGCACAAAAUAAAGUAGUAUUGUACAAUUACGAUUACAGCAUGCAUUUAAUAAAAACAUUUGCAUUCUUUAUACAUCAUAUAUGGAAGUAAAAAAAUCUUUCACACCCAUCAAAGUGACUUGAACACACCUGACGUCGUAAUUUAUAACUUCCCAACUCAUAAAUACAGACUGAACGCACCAUAAGACCAGACUAUUAUGAAACUAAUGGCACAAACGUAACCAGGCCAGCAUUCGUAGAGUGACUAACGAUACCUCUGUAGAUGAAACACACGACUGUGCCUGCUGCGCUAUUUCCUCUGUGUCCUUUCCCUUUUCGAUGGCACCACACUACCUCCAUGCCAUGCAGCCUUGACCCCCAAGUACAACCCUCCCCAUUUAGAAGCCCUUUUCUCACUGGUCUUGAAACAGUUUCACCUUCUUUCCUUUUCGGUGAAACUGGAUUUCAGUCAGCAACAAAAUAGAGCUUCUACUAAUAUUCUGUCCUCCACCUGUAGUCCCAUCUUCUCACUUAACGGCCUGAAUCAAAAGGCGCGACUCCUGUAACCAUGUGUUUUUCAUUUCUUUUGUUGAUCUACCUCUCAGAAUAAAUAUAAAUCGAUAUAGAAUAGAUCAUAAAACUAAAAAGGACACAAAAAGUUAAUUUUGAAAAUGUUAAGCUUAAUGAAUCAAUAAUAAUAAUAAUAAUAAUAAAUGACUUGAGCAACUGGGUAGCAGCAUCUCCGUAUACUGUAGUGCAUAGGAGUCUUUUACUUCCAAAGAUGAUUUUUCUUCAGUCGUUUUUGAAAUUGUUCUGGAUGAAUUUGGAAAUGGAAAUGUGGGAGGGGUAAUAAACAUGUCAAUUCCACUAUCCAGUCUCUUUAUUUUAUAAUUUUUUUUUCUCCAUUAUUAUUAAACUGACUUUAUUUUUAACUUACAAGUUGUUCAUCUUUCUGAUUUAUAGUUCUGAUGGCUUUUUAAAUAUGGCAUAGGAUUGUAUCUCUUAUGUUUGCAAUAGAAUCCGCUCUCUUUCUCUGUGAACCGCAACAUAAUAGUAUCUUUUCAGGCCGCACAGAGCAGCAUGAUGUUGAAAUCGUUUGCAUUUUUAUUGUUUCAUUUCACCUGUAAUGAUGCAACAGGAGAGGGAAGGUCUGUUGAAUUAAAUGGGGCACAUUUUGGGAGGAUGAGAGAGGAAGGAGACUACCUUUACUGGACUACCUUUAUCCCUUCACUCUUCUUCCAGCAGGUGCCACAGACAUUAUCAGGACUUUCAGCCUCUGCCUGCCUGAUUUACUUUGAUUCUCAUCCACAAUUGUUUUGAACUCCUUGUAAAGAAUACAGAGCAUAGAUAUGAAUGUGACAAUAAAUGAUGAGUAAACCGG